CUCCCAGCAACAUUUGGGUUGACAUUAUUCUUCUUAACAGCGCCGAUAUCAGUCAUGAAAACUGCGACUACUCCCUUAUUAUUCCAUAUUGUUCUUUUGGGCGUUGUGUCUCAAUUUGCAAACGGACAAAUUUGGAACAUAGAGAUUGAUCUCAAAUGGCAAAAUAACUGCGACUUUCUUGCUGGUCGUGAAAUUGAACGGAUAGCCAGUCCAGGAGAAAACUGUGGCAGUCUCUGUAUCGCCAGCCCUAAAUGUACUCACUUUCGUUUCUCUCCCGAUGGAUUUUGUUCCCUGAAAGAAGCCACGAUAGACUCUCCAGUAACGAAUUCCGGAGCAGGAUCGUGCGGAUUUAUACCCUGGAAAUUCGAAUCGGGGAGAGAUCACUGGAAAGGCGAUGACAGUGGCGUCAAAUGGCUGGCCAAUUGCGAUUUUGAAGGCCAAGACGUUGGCCAAAUUGAAACUACAGGAGACAAGUGUGGCGACAUCUGCCUGGCCAAUCUCGAGUGCAGCCACUUUCGUUAUGACGGACAAUUUUGUCGAAUUAAAAAAGCCCCGCAAUCGAUUUCCCGUAAGGCCAUCAACGGCGGAGCGUGUGGAUUUAUCCCGUCGAGAAAUUUCGUCAUCGAGAAAUCGGCAGGAAACUCUGGUUCAAAUGUCGGCGGUUUUGGGUCUCAAUGCAGAUUUUAUUUAUUUAUCUUUUUCGUGUUUAAUGUGAUUGUAUUAUUUUGAUUGUUGCAUAAUAUAAUGUGUUGCCAAUUAUGUUUUAUUGGCUAUUGGCUA